AUGAUUUCCCAAUUGAAAAAAAAAAGUUAACAAACACAGCUUCUAUUUUAUAGGCAACACUGCACAUCAUUUAUAACACAGAAAGGAUGUCUCAUAAAUAAACAAUAAAAGAUAAUUAUAGUAGUUAACAGUCACGGAAAAAGAAACAUCUACCCAACCCAUUCUCACUCUCUCACACUCACAUACACUUUGUACCCGACCCAACAAAAAUCCAGAAUCAGACAAAGAUUUUCUUCCCUUCAUCACACUCCACAACCACCACCAUCACAUCUCAUCUAACUUCAAACCUAUUUGAAAAGAGAGAAAAUGUUUGAGGAAAGAAACAAAACUUAACAUUUCCCUUUCUCUACUCUUUGCAUUGUGCUUUUUUGUACUGUUUUUUCAGAAGUAGAACUAUGAGGAAGCAUGGAUGGCAGCUACCUUACCAUCCUCUUCAGGUUGUGGCUGUUGCUGUGUUUUUAGCUCUGGGGUUUGCUUUCUAUGUUUUCUUCGCUCCUUUUGUUGGAAACAAGAUGUUUCAGUAUAUUGCAGUUGCUCUCUAUACGCCUCUGAUUACUGUUGUUUUUGGACUCUACAUUUGGUGCGCUGCAGCAGAUCCCGCAGAUCCUGGGGUUUUUAAGUCCAAAAAGUAUCUUAAAAUUCCAGACAGUAAAAAACUUGUUGGACUAAAGAAUUCGAAAUUAGGUGAAGAGUUAACUCCAUCAAUGCACGAUGCAACUGCUUCAACAGUUGGAGGAAAUUCCAUAGAUAGUGAAGCAUUUGGAACAGAAGGAAAUAUGAAAGAUGCUUAUAAUUCAGUAAAGAAGGCAAAUUCAUCUUCUUGUUUGUCACGUUUCCUUGUGGUUUGCUCUCCUUGUGCUUAUAUAUGUCGCUGCUCUGGUUCAAAUGAAGAAUCUUCUGAUAAGCAAACCAGUGAAGAUGGUAUGUUCUAUUGCAGUUUGUGUGAAGUUGAGGUCUUCAAAUACAGCAAGCACUGUAGAGUCUGCGACAAGUGUGUAAAUCACUUUGAUCAUCAUUGCCGAUGGCUCAACAACUGUAUUGGGAAAAAGAACUAUAGGCAAUUUUUCAGCCUGAUGGUUGCUGCCAUGCUCUUGUUUAUUCUUCAAUGGUCAACUGGGCUCCUUGUGCUGGUUUGCUGUUUUGUUGAGAGGAAGCAAUUUUCUAAAGAAAUAUCCUCUAAGUUGGGAAGCAGUUUCUCCAUGGCUCCCUUUGUUAUUGUUGUGUCUGCAUGUACCAUGCUGGCUAUGAUUGCUACUUUACCUGUUGUUCAGCUUUUCUUCUUUCAUAUCCUCCUCAUUAAAAAGGGACUCAGCACAUAUGAUUACAUUGUAGCUAUGAGGGAGCUGGAGCAAGAGCAGGAACAGCUAGGAGUUGGAGGCCAGCAAAGUCCCCAAAUGUCAACUGUUAGUUCAUUUACUGGGUUGAGCAGUGUAAGCUCCUUCAAUGCUUUACAUCGUGGUGCAUGGUGCACACCUCCACGCAUGUUCCUUGAGGAUCAGUUUGAUGUAGUGCCCACGGAAACAGGUUCUGUGAGUUCACUGGGAAAGAAGUCAAUGAGAGAAGAGCCAUUGAAGAAAAAGAAUCCUGGAGGUGUCAAAAUUAGUCCUUGGACAUUGGCGCGAUUAAAUGCAGAAGAAGUUGCUAAGGCAGCUGCUGAAGCACGAAAAAAGUCCAAAAUUCUGCAACCUGUGAUAAGACACGAUCAGGCUGCCGGGCUAGAACGAGACACCAGUUUUGAUAGCACUGGCCGAAGAAUGGUUCCCACUAUUGAGAACAAUAGAAAGCGGGAUAAUAAGCGCAUUUACCUUCCUCCUGAUAUAUCUAUGGAAUCAAUGGCAAAAGUUUCUUCCAAUAAUACCGAAAUGGGAUUCAAUGGAAGGUCUGGCUUUGCCCCUCCUCAUUUCCGUAGGGCAAUUCAAACAAGCCAAGCAAUGUCAAGCUCAGCUGGCAUUGUUCCAUCAUCGCCUGAAAGCAGUUUCACCUCCCCUGAUAUUCACCCUUUUGAGGCUUUGGGAACUGACGAAAUAAGAAAUAGUGCAAGACUUUCAUCUGCUGGUGCUGCAACUCUGAACGAAAAUCCACUUUCAAGGUCAACAAGUGACGGGUAUGAUGCCUCCGGCGGGGAAGACAGUGACCAGGUUCCUAGUAGGGUUGUUCAGAGAAUUGCCGAUUGGAGUAGUGUUCUUUUCAGAGAUGAUAAGGAUGAAAGGCCUUUUAGGCCUCCAUUGUCAUCCAACAUGACUCAUAGUAGAAACUAGUAAUUUUUAACUAACAUAGGUGUGAAUUAGACAACUAUCAUUCUGACUAUUUAGAUUGUAAUUGUUCAUUAAUUUUUGAGCUUGAGGUACUUCAGCAUCAUGUAGCCAUCA